AUAAAAUAAAUAGCGUUUUGUCUUAGAUGGAGAAGGAAAUUAACUCUAGGGAUUCGAAGUGUCAAUCUUCACACUCUGCUUGCGUGUUUAAUUCCUGAGAGCAACAGCUACUCUCACAAAUGGCCUAAUUUUAGUUUUAAAAGAGUUGGGGGAAGAGACUCAUGCAAAGAUUGCGGUUGCCAGUUCUCUAUUGCUCUCAGACUUGAGAGUUCAAAUCAUCUGUACUGCUUCUGCGAAGGAUCCGUAAAAACACAGUACUAUUGAUGAUUCAGCCCUAAAGAAUGAAGAAGGCAUAAAAAAUGUUGUGCAUCCGCAUUGUGCUUCCUAGUAUGCUGUCUUGAAAGUUCAGGAUGAGAUUGUUGAGUAAGAUCGUUUUGUUGGAAUACAUUUGAAGAUGAAGAUGAAGAUGAAUGGCCUAUACUUCCAUUUGCGAAAAACUGAUUUCAGACAAACUUCCGGCGUCCCAUACAGCAGCAGAAGCCUAGAAGGAAAGUCAAAACACAAAAAGCUUUUUUUUUUUGUCAAAAUUUUUUGUUAUUCAGUUAAUUAUCAUGCAUAUAUUGUUUGAAUUUUGAUGUAGCACAUUGUGUAGAUGCCCUGUAGAUGUUUGAAUAAAGGGCUGGUUUAAUGCACAUGUCAAAAGGCUUCUCUAUUGGUUCUUGAAUAUCUUUAAUUAUCCAGCAUAUGUUUUAGACAUUAGUUCUUAUCUUAUCACUGUCUUUUUUGUCACCUACUGAUCAGGAGGCUGAACAACAAUAGUUUGUCUGGAGCUUUUCUUGAAUCCUUAAGCAGAAUCCCUCAGCUUGCUUUCUUGUGGAUUGUAACCAAAGUGCCUGCUCUUUUCUUUCAAUAGUUUUUGGCUCUGUGGGAACAUGUUGAAGCAUGUAUUUGGGGAGCUAUGGACGAAAAGAGUUUUGGUUCACGGAGGAGAUAAAAUUAGGCCUUGCUUAUAUGUGCCUAUGAGUGGCUUACACGGAGGACAGCCUCAGUUUGCACCAAGAAGCUUCUUUGGAGUGGAGGACUUCCUUGAUGAUGACAAUAGCCGGCCAUACACGUAUCAAAAGGAGAAGAAAUCAAAGAAUCCAAAGAAGCAUAUUUCUUUCAAACAACGCACCGUAGCCUACAUGGAGCCAUUUACGCUCGAUGUGUUCAUCUCAAAACGCUUUGUUUCAGCCUCGCUCACCCACAGGGUUACAAGCAAGCAGGUUGCAGUUGCAGGUACAAACUCCAAAGAUAUUAAGGCUGCGCUCAAGUCGCGAUCCGAUAUACCUGCGUGUUUGGCCAUUGGCAGAAUUUUAGCCGACAGGGCACGAGAAGCUGAUGUAUACACAGCUUCUUAUACCCCAAGGGACAGGGACAAGUUUGAAGGGAAGAUCAGAGCAGUAGUUCAGUCCCUCAUUGAUAAUGGGAUUGAUGUUAAGAUUUUUCUUGAUUGAGUUGAUUUCUUCAUUCUUCUCUUUUUGAAUAUGCUUAUUUUGUACCCUGAGGACGUGGAGUUUGCAAGUCAUGUUUGUGAAUAUAAAUGAAUCGUAUGCAA